CAUAAAAACACACACACACACACAAAUAGCGAGAAAUCUCAACAGGAGAAAGCUCAACAGGAGAGUAAGGAGGAUUCCGCCGCCGCCGCCGCCGUCGUCGUCCCCGCGCACGCGUCAGCUGCUGGAGUGAGGAAUCCAUCGCCGUCGCCGGUGUUGCGAUGGGUCUGUUGGUGGUGGCGGUUUUGGGUGGAGGAUUGCGAUGGGUCUGCUGGCGGCGGCGGUUUGGGUGGAAGAUUGCGAUGGGUCUGCUGGCGGCGGCGGUUUUGGAGAGCGAUGCAUCGGACGGCGCAAACAUCGUCGGAGACGGAUGCAUUUCAGCGGCGCCGUUACAGACCCAGCCCCGACCUCCAGCCCCUGCCGCCGCUGACGAAGCAGCCUCCCCCACCACCGCCGAUCAUAAAUUGCGAUGGGUCUGCUACCGUCAAGAAAUCUCUGCCCCUCAAAAACCCCUCUUUCUUUCUCUCUCUACUGUUUUUGAGCACGUGUUUUCCAUGGAGUCGAGCUGUAUGCUCUGUUGUAAGUAGCAUAAGCUUCAAUUAAGAGGUUUAAAAAAUCGAAGCAGAUGGAAAUAAUCGAAUCCAUCGAUAAUCUGCAAGUGCAGGAUCCGCCCGGUGAAGAUUUCUCUUCAGCCGAUUUGGAGUGGGUCAAGUUUGGAACCGCCGAGCGAUGUGAUGAUGUGGCGCUUAUUCCUUACGAUCGAGUUGAUGCCUUUAUAAUAGGAGAGUGUUCCUGUGUCGAGUGCCCGACUAGGUUCCACAUCGAGAGGGGAAGAAAACGAGCCAGGGGAAGCUUGAAGCAGUGCAAAAACGACGGCGUAUGUGUGCGUGGAUGGUGAUGGUAAUGAUGGUUGUGGCGGCGGUUUUGAGUGGAGGAUUGCGAUGGGUCUGUUGGUGGCGGCGGUUUUGGGUGGAGGAUUGCGAUGGGUCUUCUGGCGGCGGCGGUUUUGGGUGGAAGAUUGCGAUGGGUCUGCUGGCGGUGGCGUAUGUGUGUGUGGUAGUGAUGGUUAUGGCGGCGUUUUUUGGAUGUUGGGUUGGUGGGAGCGUGGCAGAAGAGCAUUAAGGCUUAUUCGACUAUGUUCAGUAGCCGAUUUAAGGCUUAAUCGACUAUGUUCAAUAGUCGAUUAAGGCUUAAUCGACUAUGUUCAGUAGUCGAUUAAGGUUA